AUGGAGUGGAUGCGCUGCAACUCUUGCUGGCUGAGAAUCGCAGACAAACAGACAAUAUUCCACUUGACCCAGUGCGGUCACAUUUAUUGCGACAAGUGCAUAACAAAAGCUGAGGAGAGAUGCUGCCAGUGCGGAUCGACGGGUUCCAUUUCCCUUCCACUAAAGGAACCCCUGAGCCCUCAAAUCAACCACUAUUUCACUCCGAUCUGUGAUCUGCUCGACAAAGUCGUCCAGGCAGAACAGUUUCAGCGAGCUCAAGUAGAUCUUUGCUUGAAGCGAGCCAACGAAAAUGAGCACAAAUAUCAAACGCUGAAGGAAGCCUACUGGGCCAGUGCGGAGAAUUUGAAGAAAGUCUAUCAAAAAUAUGUUAAGCUCAAAGCAGCUUACAAUACAAUGCACAAGGAAAGGAAACUCAACACCUCACUGUCUUUCACUCAGACUGGCAAGUCUCUGUAUUAUACUCCACCGCCUCAGAUGAAGCCCAAUUGUCAGCAGAGCUAUUCUAACGGGGGGCGUUACAUUCAGCAGAGCCAAAACAAUUCAAACAAGGGCAAAGAUCAGAUUUUUAGGGUCCCAUCGAUGACUAGAGUUCCAAGGUCUGCAAAUUCAGGGUAUUACACUGCUUCCCCUGCAAGCUCAAGUUCGCUAAAUUCUCGAAUGAACAAAUCUAUUUCUAAUAUUUCUAAAUAUUAA